GCGUUGACAGCCACUGGCCACUGAUCAGCCCACUUUGUCGGGUUUGUGUCUGCGUGCACGACUGCUGAAAGCGAAGCUCUGACUCUCACGUUUUAUUUUAUCUGCAAGAAAAGCGCGUGCAGUCUAACAGCAGCAACACUCACAAAAAGUGAACAAAAAGCCUGAAAGUAAUUUCCUAGGUUCAUCACCGUCUCGCAGCCUCCCGCACAAUGUCUGGAGAAGACGCACCUGCCCAGCAGCAAAACGCCGUGGACCAGAAGCAGGAGACAAAACCCGCUGAAGAGCCCAAAUCCGAGCCGCCCAAGACGGAGUCCGCUCCCGCCGCUGCUGCCGAGGCAGCGGCUACCCCGGCAGCGGCGACCACUGAAAAGGCCCCCGAGGAGGAGACGUUCACCUACCGCGCUCUGGUGCUCACCGGCUACGGAGGCUAUGACAAAGUCAAGCUGCAGGUGAAGAAAGGCAAGCCUGCGCUGAAGGCUGGCGAGGUUCUGCUUCGGGUCAAGGCUUGUGGGCUCAACUUCGCGGACUUGAUGGCCAGACAGGGUCUUUACGACCGGCUCCCAUCCCCGCCGGUCACCCCGGGAAUGGAGUGCGCCGGGGUGGUGGAGGCUGUGGGGGAGGAAGUAACUGACAGAAAAGUUGGCGAUAAGGUGAUGGCGUUGAGCCGCUUCGGGAUGUGGCAGGAGGUGGCGGUGGUGCCGGCCAACCACACCUUCCUCAUCCCAGAGGGCAUGAGCUUUGAGGAAGCAGCAGCUCUCCCUGUUAACUACAUCACUGCCUACAUGAUGCUGUUUGACUUUGGAAACCUGCGGCCCAACCAGAGCGUCCUCAUCCAUGCGGCUGCAGGUGGAGUGGGGAUUGCUGCCACUCAGCUGUGCAAGACGGUGAAAGACGUGACGGUGUUUGGCACCGCGUCAGCCAGCAAACAUGAGACCAUCACUCAGGGAGGAGUCACGCAUGCCAUCGACUACCGCACCAAGGACUACGUCGAGGAAGUCCGCAAGAUAAGCCCGAAAGGCUUAGACAUCAUCCUGGACCCUCUCGGAGGAUCAGACACCCAUAAGGCCUACAAUCUGCUGAAGCCUAUGGGAAAACUCAUUACCUAUGGUGCAGCCAACAUGCUGGCAGGUCAGAGGAAGAAUCUCAUUGCCGUGGCCAAGAACUGGUACCACCAGUUCUCCAUCCACACACUCAGCCUGAUCCAGGGGAACAAGUCAGUGUGUGGCUUCCACCUAGGCUACUUGGACGGGGAGACGGAGCUCAUCGCCCAGGUCAUGAACACCAUCCUGGAACUGCACCAGCAGGGCAAAAUCAAGCCCCACAUUGACUCCACCUGGCAUCUUGAGCAGGUCGGUGACGCCAUGAGAAAAAUGCAAGAGAGGAACAACGUCGGCAAAGUGGUCCUCACCACAGAGCCGAUGCCUGAGGAGGAGAAAAAGGAGGAGGCCAAGAAGGAGGACAAGAAGAAGGAGGACAAGAAGAAAGAUGACAAGAAGAAGGACGAUGGAAAGAAGGAGGAGAAGAAGGAUGAAAAGAAGAAAGAGGAGCCUAAGAAGGAGGAGAAGAAGGAGGAAGAGACGAAGGAGGAAGCAAAGAAGGAGGAGAAGUGAGAGGGAGGGUAGGGUAGUCGAGCAGAACAGCAGGGAGUUCUGGAAGGAGGGGAGGUGGCGGGGGAGACUAGAGGGGGGGUUAUAGAGGGGUGGGGUGGAUGAUGAGGAGUUGAGAUAGAUUUGAAAUUGAUAACAUCGUUCUCUGUUUUCACCUCCCCUCUUCCUCACCCAUCCAUCAUACAACGUCCACCUCCCCCCUCCUUGUUGUUGUAUUCACACACACACACGCACACACACACACACACACACGCACGCACGCACGCACACACACACACACACACACACACACACACACACACGCAUGCACGCACACACACACACACACACACACACACGCAUGCACGCACGCACACACACACAGUCCUAAACCUCUCAUGAACUCUAAUCCUGCCUCCCACCUUCUUUCCCUGAAUCGAUUUCUGUUAUUGGGAAUCAAAGCGACACACGAGCCGUGGAGGACGGUGGGUCCGGUCCAGGCCGUGGGCAAAUUACUGUCACCGUGACAACCCUAAUACCCUCCUCACACUCUGGCCCCACCCUUGACCCUGGGCCCCUCUGCACCUCGACUCCCACUGCGCUAAAUCGUUCUGCUCUGACUUCCACCUGCCACCUCCCCUCCCCACCCUCCAGCCCCCACCCCAACUGUGCUCAAUCCUCCCCCACCUCAUCUUUUCACCCCUAACUCACACCUCCCACACCACCGCCGCCACCCCGAUUCACCCUCAAGCCGGAUCCUUAGACAGGCGCAAAGACAGGCGGCUAAGCGUUGAACCACACCCACCCACACGCUGAUCUCCCAGUGUCCAGCUCAGUUAUGUCACUGAGGAUGAGUCAGAGACGCCUCUGAUUGGCUGAUGCACCUCAACGCCCCUGGAGAUGCUUCAUUGUGAUUUCGAUCGUAAUGUUGGGAGUUGCUGAUAAAAUGGCGUUAAAUGCUCGACGGGCUCCAUGUUGCGUGCUUCUCCUCCAAAGUUUGCAGCCGCCGUGGCUCCCCACUGAAUACGAGUUCCUCUCAUAAUGAGCCUUUCUGUGCUGCGUUGAAUAGAAAGCCUGAAAUUAUUGCUCAGCUUCCUUCUUAGUUACAGAUUUUUCUAGCUGACCAACUGUUGGCAAGAAGUACGCGCUGCCAAUUAGGAGAGAAUUAGUUUCUGUCCAGACAACAAACACACCAAAUGAAUGUGAUGAAAGCAGCUCUGUCAUGCUGACAGUAAAACGCCUGAAAAGUGUGCAACGUAAGAAGGUGUUUUCUAUUCCUCCUUUUGCGUCGGGAUUUCUUUCCUCCUCGAGGAAUUUCUUUGCAUUCUGCUAGUUUUUUCAGCAACCGCCCCGACCCAAGAGAGGAGAAUUCAGCUGGAGCUGGUGUCCGUGCCUCACCACCUCCUCCUCUUUCUGUUUCCCUCUCUGUGGUUGGCAUAGCAACAGGCGUCAGGCUUGUCAGAGAUGGCACUGUGGGCUUUAUUUAUUUAUUUAUUUCUUCCCUUCCAACUUCCUCCCUUCUGCAACUCUCUCUCUCUUUCUCUCUCUUCUGCUCCUCCAACAAACAGCCAGAGCUGUCAGCCAGUGUUCCAGCAGGUGGAGAAUAUUUUAUUAGUUUUAAAAAGAAGUUUUUUUAAUAUUUCCAACUAGCCUUAAAGCUAAACAUUUGCAUCGAUGACGUGUGCAAGCACCUAACGCUGCACGCCACUCCCCUCUCAUGGGGAAAUAAGCCACUUGGGUUUAUUUCCCCUCGCCUGCUCUGCUCCCUGUCUUUGAGUCCGGCUUCACUGUUAAGACUCAGAUGGUGACUAGUGACUUUGUAUAAAAAAUUAAAAAAAUAAAAAUACGGGAAAAAAAAAGAAAAAUGUUUUAAAAAAAUAAUAAAAAUAAAGCAAAAGUACAAAAACAAGAUGUGUCAGCAUGAGUGGCCUCCCUCAUGUGCUGUGUGUGGUGUGCCAUUGUGUGUGAAGAUGUGUGUGUCCUCAGGUCGUUUGUCAGGUUUUAAAAGCCCCACUCCCACCUGCCCCUCCACACCUCCACCUUACACUACUCUGCUACAGUACGAUGUAGCAGCCACCCCACCCUCCUCUUCAUCUCUCUCUCUCUCCGUCCUGUCUGAUAAGAGGCCUGUGUCAUGAGGACAGUUGGUAUUUAGUAUUUUUGCACUCUGCUCGCUGAUUUCAAUGCACUUGCAAAGUAUGGUGGUCGCACUCCAGUACCCCCACUCCACACACAUGCACACACACACACACACACACACACAGGCUUUGAUUUAGCUGUGGGUUUGCAGCCUGUUUGUGUCCAGAUUCCAGUGAAGCAGCAGACGGGUCAGACAAACUCCUGCAAAGGUCUCCCUGGUUCUCAGCUCUUGCUCAGGCCAACUUCUCCUGGGUGGCAGCUAAAAUCAAAGCCUUCGUCCAUUCUUCGGCGUGCGGGGAGUAAAACAUGGACGGAGAUGAGCUGGACUGGAGUGCGACGACCACGCCGGUGUGGGGAGUGAUUGUGUUCUGUCAGCCUCUGGUUAGUGUUCUGUUCUAAUCUGCUGGGCUCCCUUUGUGAACCUGUGGACGGUGCUUCUGUUCCGAGUGCCAUGUGAGAAACAAAUGCUUCAGUAAAUGAAAAAAAAAAGAAAAAUGUCUUACUUACUAUGUUAUUUUGAUUUUACCUUUAUGUUUUCUUUUGUUUUUGUUAUCCGAGGGUUUAAAGUUCAAAGGUCAUACAGUACUCUGUGUGGGGACCUGCUAACCUGCACUCCUUUUAAAUGUGAUAAAGUUUUUCUUUUUGUUGUUGGUCCAAAACAUGUGUGCCAAAUUGUAUGUAUAUUCCUCUGUCAAUGCUUUGAAUAUUAACAAUGCAUAAAAAAUAUAUUAAAAAAAUCUGCCUUUGGAUGCAUUUCCAUCAGCCUGGAGAAGGAAAGAAAACGCAGUGAAGUUGUCAGAGUUUUGUAUCCCAAAUGCUCAGUUCCUUUUGUUUCUGCAGUUUACAAACAGUUUAUGGCUUUUGAUUGUUUGCAGUCUUACUCAAGUUAGGGUCCACACUGUGCCUCUCAUCUUGCACAAAGGUCACCUCAGUCUGAGGCCCCUCCUUUGUAUUUACAUCAUUUUCAGUGUUUUACGAGCACAACCAGCCCUUCUACCUGUUUACGACAAAACAGCACAAGGAAAAGGAGCAUUUAGGACUCAAAACAUGUUUGUGUGUGUUUCUGUGACUCUGUUGGGUUCUAACAAGCAAACAGAUGUUUUCACACAGCUGUGCAGGGAUGCUAAUCCUGUAACACAGCUGAACAAAACCCCCAUCCUAUUGACUGAACAUAGCUCAGUCCUGUCCUGCACCAGGCUCAACAUUUCCGCUUCUCAGCUGCUUUCAGUUCACAAAAGGUUUGUUCGCCAUCCCUCUGUUCCUGUGCUGCAUCUGCAGUUCCUCUUGGCCCGUGCAACAGUGCAGCAGAGCCAGAACUGUUCUGCGCAUCAGCCCCUUUUCUCUACACACUAAAUAAAGCAUUACUGACAUCUGGAAUUUGAAACUGCAUGUGGAAAACAAUUACAAGCCUUUACUUUCAGUAUUUUCCCCGUGGAUCUGUUGGGCUAAUGCCUCUGAGAUGAACAGUCAGCUGGGCGGGUGCUUUUAGUCUCUGGUUGGGAUUCGAGUUGAUCUUUUGGUUAAACUCCGGCCCUCCCCUUCCUCGCUUUGGCCCGCCGUCGGAAAGCUUUUUCACUACGGUGAAGCUGGAUCGCAUGUCACCUUGAAGCGGUUUCCCAGUCACUCCAGACACUUAUGCAAGAGCAACUCAGAGAUGCAAUGAAGAAAAACUGUUACAAAGUAAAAAUAGUCAAAGACUGGUAACUUUUCUGGGCAUUUGCUGAUUUAGAUCUGAAUUAACACGCAAACGUUUGGGUCAGGAACACAGUAUUUCUGUAGCUGAUCUUCUUUCUGUCUUUAGAGUGUGGCUAAAGUUCCUCACAGGCAUCAACUCUUGAGUUUUGAAGUUUUUUUUUUAUUAUUAUUUUUGUUUCUCAGGUCGUUCCAAACAGCAUUUCGUCUCAUUGCUAACACACACACAACAAAACUGCUCCACGAACUCUCACAUCGGUUGUCUUUCGCAGCAUCCAUGUCUGGUCUAAGAGGAGGCUCUGUCAGUGGCUCGUCCACACUGAGAACCCAAACAGUCACGUGCACCUGCAGCUAUUUUCUCUUUUAGCAGUCACUUUUAAAGUUUUGGCAAUGAAGAAGCAUUGCAGAGCUGCUAAGCAAGUACAAUCUGCUCUGGAUUGUCACUAGAACGCAUGUUUGUGUGAAUCUGUUGUCACAAUGUGAAGGAGGGGAGUGCCAGUCCACCUCCCCGGCCUUCAUCUCCCCGGUCCCCGCUCUCCCCUACAGCAUGGGCACUGCCGAAGCCAGCUGGCACAUCCAUGCACAAUCUUAACCUAUCUCUGGGAAUGCUUCAGACACUCGCUGCCCCCCGCUUCAUCAUCACUGGUCAUUUUCGACACCGCGUACCAGACCGGUGACUUUUUUCUUCUCUGUCCGACUCUGGUUUUAUUUUCCUGGCUGCAAACAAACUUCCCAUCUCAACUUUGUUUUUUAAACCCUUUGAAUUGAUGCUGCUUCUGUGUUUGACUUUGGGUUUAGUGCGUGGUGCCAUGUUGUCCAAAUGGCCUUUAGAGCUUGUAACGCUUCAGUGUGUGAUGUUACCAUAUGCCUUACAUGUUUUCCAGGACUAAUAAAAAAAAAGCAUAACAAAAAAGUUAGGAAA